AGAUCAUUCAAAAUGAAUUCUUUUUCAUUUCUCCAAAUGAUGAUGCUGAUUAUGUUUAUUACUGCUUCUGGAACUACUAAAUCAGGAGUAGUGGUAGACGCACAAACUUCACCACCAAUAGCACCGGGAUUGUCAUUGACUUUCUACAAUUCAAACUGCCCAAACUUGGAAACUAUAAUAAGAAACAGGCUCAGGACUGUCUUCAACAAUGAUAUCGCCCAAGCUGCUGGCUUGCUUCGUCUUCACUUCCAUGACUGCUUUGUUCAGGGUUGUGAUGGAUCAGUGUUGCUGGAUGGAUCUGCUACCGGUCCAAGUGAGAAGGAUGCUCCGCCAAAUCUAUCACUCAAAGCUGAAGCAUUUCGAAUCAUCAACGACCUUCGUGCCCGUGUCCAGAGAGCUUGUGGCCGUAUUGUCUCUUGCUCAGAUAUUACUGCUCUUGCUGCCCGUGAUGCCGUUUUCUUGUCUGGAGGUCCGGAUUACAGAAUCCCACUGGGUAGGCGUGAUGGACUGACCUUUGCAACCAGAGAUGAAACACUUCGAAAUCUCCCUCCUCCUUCAUCAAACGCUAGUUUUCUCAUCUCUACUCUUGCAAAUAAUCUGAAUCUCACAGCCACCGAUCUGGUUGCACUCUCUGGUGGUCACACCAUAGGUAUCAGUACUAGUUGCGGCAAUUUUGGGGGUCGGUUAUACCCAACCCGAGAUCUUAAUAUGGACCAAACCUUUUUCCAAAAUCUCAGAUUAACGUGCCCGGCAAACAACACUAUUAAUACCACCGUACUAGACAUACGCUCUCCGAACGUGUUCGAUAACAAAUACUACGUGGAUCUCAUGAACAGACAAGGUCUAUUCACUUCCGAUCAAGAUCUGUACACGGAUAGUAGAACACGACCCAUUGUGACUAGCUAUGCUAUCAACCAGACUUUGUUUUUUGAGAGGUUCGUCUUCUCGAUGAUUAAGAUGGGUCAGCUCAAUGUGUCGACUGGAAGUCAAGGAGAGAUUCGAGCAAACUGCUCCGUCCGAAACCCUACCAGGAGCUCUUCAUAUUUAUCAUCUGUGGUUGACGAUAAUGAACAACAGGAAGUUGUAGAAGGUGAAAGUGCUGCAUUUUGAGUACAUAUAGCUAGUUUAACUAUUACAUGAUUUUGAACCUUCAAGCUAGCUAGCUAGCCAGCUUGCUAUACCUAGCUGUUGGUCUAUGUAUGUUGC